ACUAAAUCACUCUCUAUCUCUCUCUCUAAAAUGGAAGUGAAAGCAAAAAAUGCAUCUCUCUCCAUUCUUCUGGUACUGGCCGUGUUCCUCUUUGUCUCCGUCGCUUCCUCAGACCCAUUUCAGUUCCAAACCCAAACUCUAGUCCUCAACUCUCUUCCUAAACCAUCCACACUCUCAUGGCCCGAAUCCGAGACAACAGAGUCCGACCCGGAAUUCUCCACCACCUUCUCCGUUUCCCUCCACCACAUAGACUCUCUCUCCUUCAACAAAACCCCAUCACAGCUCUUCCAUCUCAGGCUCCAAAGAGACGCCGCCAGGGUUAAAACCUUCACUUCCAUGGCCGCAGCAGCCACCAACAAGACCCGCCGCGGAUACGGGUCAGGACCCGGGUCGGGUUUCAGCAGCUCCGUCAUAUCGGGUCUCGCCCAGGGAAGCGGCGAGUACUUCACGCGCCUUGGCGUGGGCACGCCCCCGAAGUACGUGUACAUGGUUCUCGACACCGGAAGCGACGUCGUCUGGCUCCAGUGUGCACCGUGCCGGAAAUGCUACUCUCAGGCCGACCCGGUUUUCGACCCGACCAAAUCCCGAACCUUCGCCGGAAUCCCCUGCGGAUCCCCGCUCUGCCGCCGGCUGGACUCUCCGUCGUGUGGCAAGAGCAAGGUCUGCCAGUACGAGGUUUCCUACGGCGACGGUUCGUUCACCACCGGCGACUUCUCAACCGAGACGCUGACGUUUCGCAGAACCGGAGUGGCGCGCGUGGCCCUCGGAUGCGGACACGACAACGAGGGUCUCUUUGUCGGAGCAGCCGGUCUGUUGGGUCUGGGACGUGGGGGUUUGUCGUUUCCGACACAAACCGGAAAUCAGUUCAACCAGAAAUUCUCUUACUGUUUAGCGGACCGGUCCGCUUCAGCCAAACCGUCUUCCGUUGUUUUUGGCGAUUCGGCCGUUUCGCGAGCCGCCCGGUUCACUCCUUUAAUAAAAAACCCUAAGCUCGACACAUUCUACUACGUUGAACUCCUCGGCGUUAGCGUGGGUGGCUCUCCGGUUCGUGGCAUCUCAGCUUCGCUCUUCCGGCUCGACCAGACCGGAAACGGUGGAGUCAUUAUCGACUCGGGUACGUCCGUGACCCGGCUCACACGCCCAGCUUACGUUGCUUUAAGAAACGCUUUCCGGGUCGGGGCGGCCCAACUGAAACGGGCACCCGAGUUCUCCCUGUUCGAUACUUGCUACGACCUUUCGGGUCUGACGCAGGUGAAGGUUCCCACGGUGGUUCUGCACUUCCGAGGUGCUGAUGUGUCAUUGCCGGCGACGAACUACCUGAUUCCGGUAGACACUAGCGGCAGCUUCUGCUUCGCGUUCGCAGGAACUAUGAGUGGGUUGUCCAUCAUCGGUAAUAUCCAGCAGCAAGGGAUCCGGGUCGUGUAUGACUUGGCGGGUUCUCGGGUCGGAUUUGCCCCGCGAGGGUGCGCUUGAAUGUAAUGUGAGUUGGGGACAAGACAACUCUUUCCCAUGUUUUUUUUUUUCUCUCUCUUUAUUAUUGGCUUCUUUUGAUUUACGUGAAAUUAAUAGAGAUUAUUGAAGGAAGGUUAAGAUCUUAAUCUUAAAUGUGUUUGUUGUAUUACUUAAUGAAAUGCUUGUAUUACUAUUCCAAUAUAA